UUCAAAAUGACGUUAAACUUCAGAUGAAAAAAAAAUUAAAAAAAGUUGAUGUUUGUCAAAGCGUUUGAGUAAUGUCAUCACUAGCUGAUUACCAGAUACCUAUGUAUAUGUACGGUGAGUACUUCUUUUAAGGUUUCGUGCUAUUUGCAAGAAUCCAUUCCAUUUACUUGAACGCUCACAAAAUCCCACACCGUUGCAAGACUUUAUUUUGUAUUCUCAAUACCUAGGUAUACAGAAAACCAUUAUCUUCUAUUUUGAGUAAUUACAGCAAGAACUCAAUUUGUGAUAUGUAUAGCUUAGUACCGGCUAUUCAAAAGUAAGUAGUCAAAAUCUAACUUCUUUCAUUACAUCCUUCCUCUCUUUCAUACCUCUACCCCUUACAAUGGCCCUCACAUUCUCCGUCCACUUUCCAAUACUAACACCACCCUCAGCCUCAAAGCCCGCCGAGCCCACGUCAAAGAACUCCGCAAGCGAGAAGAUGAAUUAAAAACAUCCUAUCAAAACAUGAAAGCCAUAGACGAUCUGUAUAACAAACCUCAAAGUCAGACACGCCGCACCCAUGCAGAACAAAAUAUAUAUGCAGACAAGACGCGAGAGCUCGGAGCUUCAACAUCAGAGGCCGUUGAAAUUGAACGGCGGCCGAUUCUUAAUAUACGUCGUUGAAAAAUUAGGGUUGUAAUAUGAUCAUGGCCCUCCUCCGAGGUGGAUGUGUUGUACAUGGGAUUGACUAGAAAAAAGAGGAGGAGGGCGACCACUUACUUUCAUGGAUUGGAGACGAAGAAUUGAAGAACACCGCGUGUAGAUUCUAUCGCGGAUUAUUCGAACAGUUAGUCCUUAUGGCUGGGAGUCAAGUCAGAUUUAUGGUUACGUUCUAUAAGAGGUGAUGGCAUGGACAUUUAAAGAGCAUUGUAAUUUUUCGGCGUUAGGUUUGGAGUUUAUUAUCGUUACAGCGAUAGGUUUCUGGAGCAUAUCUCGGGGGAUAGCAUGAACUUGCUGCAUCAAUGUAUUCAUAAUGAGUUAAUAUCAUU